AUGGAGCAGCAGGAGUUCAAGUUGGAUGACAGCAGAAAGCACAGGCAGUAGGCUGCCAACAUGGCCAUUCCCAGGGGACAUCCUCCUCCCUCUCCUUGGCCUCCCCUCUUCUUGCUCCUCCUCCUCCUCCUCCUCCUCUCCUCCCGGCUCCCGCUGCAGGCCCGGCCGCUCCUCCUCCACCCCUCCAUCAACGUGGCUGUGGUGUUCAGUGGCUCCAGCUACCAGAAUGAGGUCAAAGGUCGUCUCAGCGGGGAAAACUUUGUGGACCUGCCCAUCGUGGUCAGCCCCGUGACCGUGCUGGUCAACGACACCAACCCCCGAGACCUGCUGACACGCCUCUGCGACACCAUGGCGGUGGAGAAGCUCCACGGCGUCGUGUUCGAGGAUGACGUGGGCUCCGGGGCCAACGCUCAGAUCCUGGACUUCCUCUCCACUCAGACUGCGCUGCCAAUCGUGGGCAUCAGUGGCGGCUCUGCAGUCGUCAUACCACACAAGGCUGAGGGGUCCUCCUUCCUGCAGAUGGGAGCGUCACUAGAGCAGCAGAUUAUCAGCAUGUUCAAGCUCAUGGAGGAGUAUGACUGGGGCGAGUUCGCAGUGAUCACCAGCUUGCUGCCGGGCUACGACACCUUUGUGGAUAUAGUUGAGUCGUACACAGAUACCUCCUAUUUCCUAUGGAAGCUACAGGAUAUCUUGACUCUGGAAAUGUCUGUCGGGGUGAAUGACGCGAGGACGAAGCGCAUGCUGCAGCAGGUGGACUCUCAGGUGCUGAUGGCGUACUGCUCCUACGAGGAGGCGCAGUACCUGUUUCGACAGGGAGCCGAGGUGGGCCUGCUGGGGCCGGGCUACAUCUGGAUGCUCACCAGUCAGGCCGUCGGCAACCCCGACAGCCCUCCACCUGUCAGCUUCCCCAUCGGUGUUAUUGGUGUGAUUACGGACCAGUGGAGUAAGAGCUUGCGGCAGAGAGUGAGGGAGGGCGUCGCCAUCGUAGCUAAAGGCGCCGAGAGCUUCAAGAAUCAGUACGGGUUCAUUCCCGAGGGACAUGGGGACUGCAACAAGCUGGCUCAACACUCAGACAACAAUACUCUGUUCAGGCACAUGUUGAAUGUGACGUGGGAAAGGAGAGAUCUGUCCUUCAAUAACCGAGGCUUCCUCUCCAACCCUUCCAUGGUCAUCGUCGCUCUGGACCGAGACCGACUCUGGGACAAGGUCGGUACGUACGCUCGAGGGAUCCUCCAGGUUCGCUACCCAGUCUGGCCUCGCUACGGCAGCUUCCUGGAGCAAGUGUCCGAUGACCGCCACCUGACCGUGGCCACGCUGGAGGAGCAUCCCUUCGUCAUGGUGGAGCACGUGGACCCGGGCACCGGCACGUGUGUCCGCAACACGGUGCCCUGCCGGCGCCAGUCCAAUCGCACAGAGAGUACGAUGGGCCACCCGGACUCCUACACCAAGCUGUGCUGCAAGGGCUUCUGCAUAGACAUCCUGAAGAAACUGUCCCGCACCAUCAAGUUCUCCUAUGACCUCUACCUCGUCACCAACGGAAAACACGGCAAGCUGGUCCGCGGGACUUGGAACGGCAUGAUUGGGGAGGUCGUGUACAGACGAGCCGACAUGGCCAUCGGCUCGCUCACCAUCAACGAGGAGCGUUCGGAAAUCAUCGACUUCUCCGUGCCGUUCGUCGAGACGGGCAUCAGCGUCAUGGUUGCCCGUAGCAACGGGACCGUUUCCCCAUCGGCCUUUCUUGAGCCCUACAGCCCAGCAGUUUGGGUGAUGAUGUUUGUGAUGUGCCUGACCGUGGUGGCCAUUACAGUCUUUGUGUUUGAAUUCCUCAGUCCAGUCGGCUACAACCGCAGCCUGGUCAGCGCCAAGACUCCCGGUGGUCCAACAUUCACCAUCGGGAAGUCAGUGUGGCUGCUGUGGGGAAUUGUCUUCAACAACUCUGUCCCCAUUGAAAACCCCAAAGGAACGACCAGUAAGAUCAUGGUCCUGGUCUGGGCCUUCUUCGCUGUCAUCUUCCUGGCCUCUUACACGGCCAACCUGGCAGCCUUCAUGAUCCAGGAGCAAUACAUCGACACGGUGUCCGGGCUCUCCGACAAGAAGUUCCAGAAACCACAUGAGCAUUACCCUCCUUUUCGCUUCGGGACGGUCCCGAACGGGAGCACGGAGAGGAACAUCCGCAGCAACUACCCCGACAUGCACAUGCACAUGAUGAAAUACAACCAGAAGGGGGUGGAAGAAGCUCUAGAAAGCCUCAAAACCGGGAAGCUGGACGCCUUCAUCUACGACGCUGCGGUUCUGAACUACAUGGCCGGAAAGGACGAGGGCUGCAAGCUGGUGACCAUCGGCAGCGGGAAAGUGUUCGCCACCACGGGAUACGGCAUCGCUCUGCAGAAGGACUCCCGCUGGAAGCGGCUUAUUGACCUGGCGCUGCUGCAGUUCCUUGGAGACGGAGACACCCAGCGCUUGGAGACGGUGUGGUUGUCGGGCAUCUGCCAGAACGAGAAGAACGAAGUGAUGAGCAGCAAGCUGGACAUUGACAACAUGGCGGGCGUCUUCUACAUGCUGCUAGUGGCCAUGGGCCUCAGCCUGCUGGUCUUUGCCUGGGAACACCUGCUUUACUGGAAACUACGGCACUCCCUCCACACGUCUCAGAAACAUGACUACCUGUUGGCCAUUAGCAGGGGUAUUUACAGUUGUUUCAACGGAGUGGAGGAUCAAGGGCGUUCAUCUGGUUUCGACAAACCGGACCUGACCUCCAACUACGCUCAAGCAAACAUGCUGAAGAUGCUUCGCACUGCCAAGGACCUGGUGUCCACCGCCAAUGUCGAGACCUCUCUGGACAACGCCACCAAGACCAUAAAGCAUUUCAGUCGUCACAGCGGCAGCUUGCCUGUUCGUAUUCCACAAAUCUCGACGGAGACCGUGUCGGCAGGAUUUGCUUAUAUUACGGAGAACCACUGCUCCCUAUCCUCACCGAUGAUCGCUGUUUCCUCUCUGAAGCAGCAGAGGGGAGUGACCAGGCCCACGCCGCUGCGCUACACGCUCCCGACCCGCUCUACUUCCUGUCUGUACGACCGGCCACUUCCCGUGUCCAGCCUCAGCAGCCCCCAUCUGGCCGUGGGGGAGCCGCUUCCUCAUCAGCACCCGCACCACUACCAUACGACAGGGAGACUGUACAUCGACACCCAUCCUCACUCGCCCUACAUACCCUACACAGAUCUCCAGCUACCUGACAUCUACGCCUCUCAGCCGAUCUCCUCGCUUCAAAACCAUCAUGUCCAAGGCUUCUCCCGACGGAAAAGGAGGUCCAAGAGUUUCCAGUGUGAGGAUGGGGAUUUGGAGAGGAGGAAACACAGGCAGCGGGAACAGAAUGACAAAAGUCCCGUCUAUCCAAGUGAGCUCAAAGCCAACCACCUCCAAGAGAACCACAUCUCCGCCCCCAGCAUUGACAACAUCUACCCGGGGCGGGGGAAGUGUCCUCGGGUCGAGAACUACAGCUCCUGGCCCCCAGAGGAUAUGAUGCUGAGAGGAAGACGCAGGCACCGCCGCCCCUCCUUCCUCAAAGCCACUUGGGGCAGCGAGCAGAUGCGCCAGCUGGACGACUCCCAGUCAUCCCUGUCCAGCCAUUCCCCGUCCACCCUACCAGACUUGUUCCCGUGCAUUCUUACACCAAACACACCGGCAAAGGCCUACAACCCUGCCCAACUUCGAAACAACCUGUGCCUCCCUCGGAACCAGGCCUACCUCCACAUACGGAAGGACCAGAGGAGGCCCACUGGGCGGAAGGGCCAGAAGCUCCGCCACUCCCAUUCCACCCACCUGCCCACGUACGGAGAAGCAGUGCGACAUGGGACUGGGUUAGGGCAGGGGAUGGUACGGAGAGCCACCAGCUUGCUCAGCAGACAGUACGCCCACUACCUGAACUCGUACCCUGGGCUACCCCUCUACCACGGGCCCCUAGACCUGCAGCGCCACAGCCUGGCCUCCGGCAGCCACCCAAGCCCCGGCCCAGUGUGCCAGCUGCUGGCUUGUGAUGGCGGCAGAUGUGGAAGCCAGCGGGCUCUGCUCUACCAGGACAGUGUGUAUGGGGGCUUUGGGGUCUAUCAGGGUUCCCAGACUGGAUCAGAUGCGCUGGCAGGUCAGGGGGCAGGGGGCCAGCCUGCUGGGAGCCCGUUUGUACUGCGUCCCUUGCGACGGGUGUCCAGUCUGGAGUCUGAGGUUUGACGGGAGUUCAAAAGGACCUAAAAAAGAUGGAAGUUGUGGAGUAACGGAGGUGAAGACUCUUAAAAAGGACUGCAGUGGAGAGAGGGAAGUGGUUCGAUUCAUGGAAGAGGGAGAAAAGUUCUAACUUGAAAUACGUGUGAUUUUCUAUGUGAGCUUGUAUGGCGAAGAAGAGAAGUUUGGAUCCACACAUUUUACAUAUGUUGAGGACUUUUUUGAUGUAUUCCAGAGUAAGAUAUGAAGACUGCACUGUUACCAAUUUAUCCUCGAGAAAGGUGUGGGAAGCUGGGGUCAUCAGGUUUUACUCACUUUCCUACGACGCUUGUGUGUUUCCUGGGCUUUAAUGUGCACUAAGAUUUACAACAGUCCACGUGUUGGUGCAUGGUUAAACUAUAACCAGUUUUCCUGCUGUGUGUGUUGUGUAUAUUUCAUUGUGGAUGGGUAGGAUUCAGUCUUGGGUUUUGUCGAGUAGAUGAACUGUUUACAGCUGGGGAGGAAUGGCGAAGGAAUAAGGGAUUGUCACCAAAUACAAGCAGCCACUGUAGCAAGAUUAUGGGAAGACGUGCAUUUGAAGAGUUUAAUUCCAAAAUCAGACGUUCAAUAAUAAAACUCAUUUUGAGUCCAGCCACAGAAGAGCAGUAGUUUUCUCGAAUACAAUUAUUAUUAUGAGACAUCUGUCAAUACAUUUCAGGUAACGUCUUGAAAUAUAUAUAGUGUUUUGGAGCUAAACCCUUCAAGUCGUCAUUUAGUGAUGAGUAAGCAGAGACUUUGUGAAAGCAGUCCCUAUGAACACAAUCUGCAAAAUGAUGAACGUAUCGGGACAGCACUGAGCAGCACUAGGUGUCUUAAACAUGGAUUUUUCUUCCUCACUGGGUCUCAUAUGAGGCUGCAGUACAGCACAACAUCAAUUCUGCAUCUUAAUACUAUAUUGAUAUGAAGAAAAUGUGUUAUUGGAGGAUUGUUAGUGUCAUACUCGUGUAUUCUAUAUAUGACAAAAGUUUAUAAUCACUCUUUGCAUUUUCUAAUCAACCUUCUAGCACAUCGUUUCUUUUUGUAAAGCUGUUCCCAAUUUACUUAAAUAUUUGUUAUUAUUGUAUUAACUCUAUCAGUUGUCCUAUAUUAAGAUGUUCAUCACUUUCUCAUUUCCACUCUUUUAUAUUCCCUCAUCGUCCCUGUUUUUUCCCAUCCCCUUUGACUCCUAAAUGAUCAAAUUGAAAUGAGGUAAGUGAAAGAUAUUCUACAAUCUAUAUUACUUAGCUUCCUCACCCUGUAUUUAAUCACUUAGAUCAAUUAAAGGGCCUUUUGGAUGAACGUG